AUCCUCUGUAAUCUCCUUCAACCUCUAAAACCCUAACAAUGGAGAUUCUCUCUCAAUUAUGGUCCUUUCUAGGCCUUCUCACUGUCCUCCAAAACAUCCUCCCUUCCCAAUUCCUUUCCCUUCUCCAUUCCCUUUACGAAUCCCUUCAAGAUUUCUUCACCCCUUUCUCCUACUUCGACGUCCCUGAAUUCAACGGCUACUGCUCCGUCGACCACAAUGAACUCUACCGCCAUGUUACUCUCUAUCUCAACUCCCUCCACAACCCCACCAACGUUGCCUCCUCAUCCGCCGCCGCCUGCCGCCGUUUGUCCCUCUCCCGCUCCAAAUCCUCCAAUAGGAUCUCCUUCACUGUCGCUCCGAAUAACUCCAUUCACGACACCUUCAACGGCCAACGAUUUUCGUGGACCCACCACGUGGAAACCGUUCAAGAUUCGUUGGACGAGAAACGAAGCUUCUCUCUCAAAAUCCCCAAGCGCCACCGCCUUACACUCCUUCCUCUGUAUCUCGAUCACGUCACCUCCAAGGCGGCGGAGUUCGAACGGACCUCCCGUGAGCGGCGGCUCUUCACCAACAGUGGAAAUGGAAGCUCUUAUGAUUCCGGAUGGGUUUCAGUUCCCUUUCGACACCCUUCGACGUUUGAAACUCUGGCAUUAGAAACAGAGUUGAAGAAACAGAUAAUGGAUGAUCUGAAGGCAUUCGCCGCCGGAAAGGAGUUUUACAGCAGAGUUGGCCGCGCGUGGAAACGUGGGUAUUUGCUUUAUGGGCCUCCCGGAUCUGGGAAAUCGAGCUUGAUUGCAGCAAUGGCGAAUUUCCUCUGUUAUGAUGUUUAUGAUUUGGAAUUGACGAAGGUUUCUGAUAAUUCUGAGCUUCGGUCGCUUCUUAUUCAGACGACAAACCGAUCGGUGAUUGUGAUUGAGGAUAUUGAUUGCUCUGUUGAUCUCACUGCGGAUCGGUGUUUGAAGACGACGGCGCGUGAGGAUCACGAGGAAGAAAUGGGUCGCGUGACGUUGUCAGGGCUUUUGAAUUUCACAGACGGGCUUUGGUCGUGCUGUGGGGAAGAGAGAAUCGUUGUAUUCACGACAAAUUUCAGAGAAAAGAUAGAUCCGGCGUUGGUUCGGUGCGGGCGAAUGGACGUGCACGUGAGCCUAGGUACGUGCGGGCCGGCGGCAUUUCGGUCUCUUGUGAGGAAUUAUUUGAAGAUUGAGUCUCACGCGCUGUUCGACGUCGUUGAUAGCUGUAUAAGGUCCGGCGGUGGGCUGACGCCGGCGCAAAUUGGAGAGAUUUUGCUGAGGAAUCGCCGAGAUGUCGACGUGGCGAUGAGGGAGGUCGUUGCCGCCCUGCAGGCGAGGGUUUUGGCCUGUGGGGGUACACGAUCGGCAGCGGUGGAGUAUGAAGAAAUGGUGUUGAGGUCGCCGGAAAGUGUGCUGGUGGUGGGUUCGCCGGAGAACUGGUAUUCGUCGCCGGGGAAGUAUGUGAGGAAGAAGAGGAAAGAAGGAUCAGCGAUGGAUAAAAAAGUUAAUUUUUUAGUCAGACUUCGGUCAUUGACUAAGUCUGACUCUGGAAGGACAGGGUUUUGACUUUGUUCUUCGAUUUUUUUUUUCCGUCUAAAUUAUAAAUUUGGUCGAUUUUGGUAAGUUUGUACCUAACAGUUGAAUUUUAUGGUUUGAUAAAAUUUCAUAAAUAAUACCAUAAAAUAUUUAUGAAUAUUUUAUCAAAUUAUAUAAAAAAAUAUUAAUUCGAACUAAAUU